CCCUCGAGCCGCUGUGGGGCAGUCCUUGAGCAGCAGUUACAGCAGUUUCUGCAGGAGCGGGAACUGCUAAAAGCACAGGUGGCAGAGGUGACGGAGUGUCUUAAGAAAGCUCAGCUAGAAAGAGACGCAUACGCUCAACAGCUCAAAACAGAGAGGGCGCGGUGGCAGCAGCAAUUGCUGAAAAUGGCAGGAGAAAUUGAAAUAUUCAAAAUGGAGAAAAGACAGGACGCAAUUAAAAUUGAGAAGCUGAAGGGGAGCCUUGCCCACCUACAAAACCAUCUGGCUGAACCCCCAAUCCCGAAACCCCCAGCAGGGCACUCUGACUUGGAGAAAAAACUAAAAACUGAAAUCAAGUACCUGAGAGACGAGCUGCGGGAACAGCAGAGACUGCAGGAGGCGAAAAUGCGGCUCCUGGAGCAGGAGGUGAGGCUGAGAGAACAGGAGGAGAGGCUUCUUGAGCAGGAGGGGCUCCAGGAGCAGGAGGAGGAGCUGAUGUGUUGCCCACCUGGGGAGACUGCCCUCCUUCCCAUCCCUCCAGAGGUGGGUAGCCCUGGGCUCCUCCCAGGUCUGGACAAAAUUGUCCCAGCUCGAGGCAUGGAGGCCCCCAGUAAUAGGGGAAGAGACAGUGGUGUGCCAUUUCUGAACACUGCUGGAGCCGGUGCCCAGGAGGAGCAGGCAUGGCUCUGUGAGCAGCUCCAGAAACAACAGGGGUGCUGCCAGCACCAGGCUCACCCGGUGGCCUCGGCCCUGAGGGAGCCAGAGGCAGCGGCCGCAGCCACAGGGACUAGGAGAGACCGUGGGUGUGGGGAGACCCAGCGGGCCCUGCAGGGCGCCAUCGACAAGCUGCAGGUGAGUGAGUCCUGGCAGGGGUCAUGA